AAUGGACAGCCCGGCCAAGACCGGCACCUCAGAGCUUGAACCAGUGGGGGCUUGGCCGGAGCCGAGUCCCCGAGUGAUAGGGAAGCCCACGGAAGCCCACGGGGCUGGGUCACGAAGGGAAACAUUCCCGCUAAGUGGGGGAAAGGUCGUGGCAGAGCGGAACCGCCAUAGACUUUGGCCUUUGCCCACUGUGGGCUGGAAAGCACAAAACAUCUAGAUAAUGGCUCCCCCGCCCCCCCGUCCCCCAUCUGGGCGGGAGCCCAGGUAUGCCAACUGGUCCCCACCCCUGCCACUCACCCCAGUUUUUCCCAUCCCUACCAAUCAGCUCAAAGGGGAGGGAGUCGGGGUCCCCUAUGGUAUUUCAGCCCCCGCUGGCAUCGAAGCGGUGCCACAAAGUGGAGCGGGUUGAGGGUGAGGAGUGAGAGGUAACAGGAGGAACACUGGCCCAAGCCUCGAGGAAAAGAUACAGCUCCGAUUCGGCGUCUCCAACCCCACGGACGGGAUACAGCAGCUGGAAAAAUGGCAUCCACCUGCCCCGCAGGCCCUGCCACGAGUCUGGAACUCCUGGACCUUCUCUUCGACCGGCACGAUGGAAUUCUGCGCCAUGUCGACCUAGAGGGCUCUGACUGGACCCAUCUCGAAGACAGUCUCCUUCCAGGUCCAGAAUCCAAUGACUUCUUCAGCUCCAUCCUGGGCUCAGGUGACUCAAUGCCCGGCUCUCCUCUUUGGUCCCCGGCCGCUAGCGACAGCGGUAUCUCUGAGGACCCGCCCUCUGACCAGCAAGACAGCCCCCAGCACUACAUACUCAUGGCCAGUCCUGGCAGCUACCAGGAGGGAGGGCCCAGCAAACCCCUUUUCCCAUCCUAUUGCCACAGUCCCCCCACCACUACUGGGCCCCAAGGGCCCAGAGCUGAGGUACUGGAAACAUCUGUGUCAAUCGACCUGGCAGAAAUGUGGACCCCGGGUGUCUUCCAGGACAGUCAGGAGCUGUCUCGCUCACCCCCCUCCUGUACCCUCACAGUCAAGGACCUGUUGCUCUCCACCAGCAGUGACAUGCAGCAACAGCAGCAGCAGCAGCAGCAGGUACCACCCUACCUGCUAAGACCAGGCUCCGGGCACUGCCAGGAACUGGUGCUGACCGAGGAUGAGAAAAAGCUACUGGCAAAGGAGGGUGUCACCCUGCCCACUCAGCUGCCCCUCACUAAGUUUGAAGAGCGGGUGUUGAAGAAAAUCCGCCGGAAAAUCCGGAACAAACAAUCAGCCCAAGAGAGCCGGAAGAAGAAGAAGGAAUACAUCGAUGGGCUGGAGACUCGGAUGUCAGCCUGCACAGCCCAGAACCAGGAGCUGCAGAGGAAAGUUCUACACCUGGAGAAACAGAAUCUAUCCCUCCUGGAGCAGCUGCGGAAACUCCAAGCCCUCGUGGUGCAGUCCACCAGCAAAGCAGCUCAGACAGGCACCUGUGUGGCGGUCCUGCUGCUGUCAUUUGCCCUUAUCGUGUUUCCCUCCAUCAGCCCUUUUGCCCAGAACAAAGCCGAAGCCCCAGGAGACUUUGUGCCAGUCAGAGUCUUUUCCAGGUCCCUGCACGCGGAUGCUGCCUCGCGGGUCUUCCAGGCCCUCGUCAAGGACGGGGAGGAACCGGGCCCCGGGGAAGGCGACCUACCACGGGGGAGGGAAUACUCCCAGGAGGAGCACAGCUCCAGUCUGCUGAGCAAGUUCCUGAGCAGUUCCCAGGAGCAGGAAUCUCUCCCCAGCAACGGGACCCCCUCCGCCCCUCCCCAGGCCCAGCCCAAUCUGGAAGGAGUCAGACAAGGGGACAGCUCAGGGCCAAGCCAGGGGCUGCUGCUCUGGUCUGACCCAAACUCCCCCAGCCCAAUGGUGCUGGAGCUGGGGGAGGAACUCUGAUCUUUCCCCCCCACCCCCGCCAACUCCCCUGCCCCCUCACAGUGCUUCUUCCCCCUCAGAUGAGGCCGAACGAGAUUCCCUCCCGAGCUAGGGAGGGUGACAGGGGGAGAGGCAGGUGCCGGGAGGGAAAAAAAAACACCACCAAGACUCACACGUACACCACAACCCCCAGAACUGGGCUACUAGCCCUCAGGGGUUUGGGGGAAAUGAGUUUUCUUGUACCAGCCUGAGAACUCCCUCUCAGCCCAGAGGGGAGGCAAGGGGAAGGAGAAAGGGCAGACAGCCCUCAAACUGAGGGUCUUGUCUAAGCGCUGGGGGCUGGAAUGGGGGCCGGGUGGCUGCAGGCUAAGAGUCGGGUCCCUCUGCGGGGUCCCUCAGGCAGGCAGCGAACGGAGCCCCUGCAGAAUUCCAGCCUGGGAGGGGAAAGAGAAGGAAAUGGGGGCUGGGGCUGGAGGCCCAUAAACAUCCAAACACCUCAACAGCCAUCAUUUAGCUAGACUCGGAGGGAAACGUCACCUCGCGUGUAGGACAGGUAGAUGUGCCAAUACGUGGCAAUCCCCGCUCUCCCCCCCCCCCCGCCCCCACCCCCGCAACUGACUUAGCAAUGCAUCCACAGGCGUGGAUGUGCUCACCCUCACAUACCUGCUUCUGACAAACCUGGCCCAAAACACCUAGCCAUCCCCAUUCUCCAAGGAGUAGAGUGGAAGCUCCUUGCAGGUAGGGAACACGUCUUGUGCUUCUGUUGUACUUUUCCAAGUGCUUCGUACAGUGCCUUGCAGUUAGUGGUGCUCAAUAAACGUCAUUCCUAUGACCUGCCGUGA